AUGGUAAAGGCAUGUACCAAGGGCCAGAAGAAGGGCGCAGUGUCCAGGCAGAAGCCCGUGAAGUCGGGCACGGCUAGCGUUCCCCGCAGCAUUAAAAGGCGUGCACCUUCCGAGAAAUUGCCACCGGAUACGGUGUUUCCACCUAUCGAUCGCCCGAGCGAUGCAAGCGCGGAUUACACCAUCCCGGUAGACCUGAAGGGGGAGGAGACAGGCAAGCGCGCCACUCAAACUGCUGAAAGCAAGCUGAGAUGGAUCCUUGCGAUCCUCUUCCUCUGGGUCGACUUCACAGAAGAGCCCAAGGUUUUUGGAACGCAAGUGUAUUGCAUGGCGUGCCGCCUGAAAAUAGCCCUCGACAGCAGGACAAAAGUGGACACACCGGCCGAAUGGUACCUCAACAACCUGUACAAGCAUUUGAGGACCGAGGGACACAAGAGGAUGGAGAAGAGGUGGCGCAGAGAAAACCUGGGUAGACCCUGCGAUAAGGAGCAGCCAGUGCCGCAGGCUCCGCGUCCCAUACAUCCCACAGGCUCUGUGGUCCAAAGGUGUCGCUUCGGGAAGCCCAUCUCGCCAUUGCUGUCGCCAUCUACGCCUCAUCCCUCCGCACAACCCACCUACCGGUGUUCGACCCUCAUCGAAUUGUUGUCCUACGGGUACACGACUAACGGACAAGAAACAGCAACACUACAAAUCCGUCCAGGCCCCGAGCUCAGACGAGAUCAUUAUCCCGCCCUUCGUAGACCAGACGAUAUGCAGGUUGGUUUCGUUGCCCGUUACCAGCCGCUCUGUACGUAUGGAACUGCGUCUGCGAUGUGGAGGUGA